ACUUUUCACGCGGCUGCAUCUUCGGCCUAUCGGCUAUUGCCGCUUUUUGGCAAAUAUCAAGCGUCUUAAAACCAUGUGCGAAGCGGCUUCUCCGGCGGAUCAGCGGAAUGUGGAGGUAAAGGCACGGAUUCCGGGCGGAGCCGAAGGCUUCAAGGAGCGCCUGAUCCUGGCCAAAACCCUAGGCGGUGGCCAAGAUGCGGAGUUGAUCGAGCAGCGGGACGUCUUCUUCGAAUCUCCGCUGGGUGGACGCCUCAAGUUGCGCUAUCUACAGGCGCCAGCUCGCUCCCAGUUGGUCUUCUACGAUCGUCCCGAUGUGGCGGGUCCCAAGCUCUCCAAGUUCAACAAGACGGAGGUGGAUGAACCGGAGGUGCUCGAGAAGAUCCUCCGCCAGUCAAACGGAGUCCUCGGUGUCCUCGCAAAGCGGCGGCAUUUAUUCCUUCACGGACAAACGCGCAUCCACCUGGACGAGGUGAAAGAUCUGGGUCACUUCCUGGAGCUGGAGGUGUGCCUGCGACCGGAACAGAGCCUCGAGGAGGGCCAAGCCAUUGCCGAGAAGCUGUCCAAGGAGCUGGGCAUCCAGGAGCAGGACCUCAUGACCGGCUCCUACUUCGAUGCCCUGCGGAAGGUCAAUCCAAAAUCUAUUUAAAAAUGGGUAACCUAUAUAAAGUAAUAGAUCCUUAGCCAAAAGAAAUACCUUGUAAAAUACAACUGCCAACUCAUUGUUACACAAAUAAUGGCAAACUAAAUUGUUGAUCUAUUUAGUCUCAGCGUAACAACCCCACCACUCACCAGUCCUUUCGACUAAAUUUAUAGCCAUUCACAAUCCUUUAAAAACUGCGAUCAAAUCUCCCAAAAUCCCAUUUUGAACCAACUCGCAGAUACCCAGACACAGAAACAUAAUCAACAGCCCCUUAUUAUCCCGAACAUAAACAAAAUCCUCACUUUCCUCAACAUAAUAAUCCCUCAGAAUUAAAAAUCUUAACCACUGUUAUUCAUAAGUAAAAUUAAACAUCUUUGUUACCAUCAAAAUUUACCAGUUAGCUCAUAGUUUUAAGCUUUAAGUCAUUUUAAAAAUCUUAACCACUGUUAUUCAUAAGUAAAAUUAAACAUCUUUGUUACCAUCAAAAUUUACCAGUUAGCUCAUAGUUUUAAGCUUUAAGUCCUUUUACAAAUAUUAACCACUAUUAGCCA